AUGAACUUUAGCAUCUUUUCUCUAGCAAAAAUAACCUUCUGGCUGGUAUCAAUAUUGCUUAUGCUUCAAGUGUUUGUCGUGUACUUUCCACACUCUCGCCGAGAGGGUCUUAUCAUCGACACAGAUAUGUUCAGCGAUGUCGGCGAUGCCGGUGCUCUUCUUUUGGUAUGCAGCACGAACAACAAUACUAAUAUCCUCGCCGUCAACAUUAACCAACCAUCAGUCUUUUCCGCCAUUGCAGUUUUAAACAUGUUGGGUUACAACAACUUACCUCAGGUCCCUGUUGGGAUUCGUAACCCGCGGUCGAAUUUGACCUAUCUCGAUACUACCACCUUUGAGCACGGGGAAUAUGCGUCAAAGAUCAUGCACCAUUGGAAAGGGUACCGGUCUCCACUCUUUCAACGUGGUGAGGACUGGAUUUUUUACGAUCCUGUUCGGCUGUAUCGGCAGUCUUUGGCUCGAGCAAAGCCUCACGGGGUGAAGAUUGCCAGUAUUGGACUCUUGGACAAUCUGGCUGAUCUUCUUGAUUCCCCUGGAGAUAGAAUUUCCAAUAUGACGGGUUAUGAGCUCGUUCGUCAGAAAGUCAAUGACCUUGUCAUCAUGGGAGGAGAGUACCCUAGCGGCCUAGAGGACAAUUCCCGUCGCAGUCCAGGCGCAGCAGCAAAGGUUGUUCUCGACUGGCCUAGUAAGAUAGUCUUCUCGGGGUCCGAGCUCGGCCGGGAUGUCUUUUCCGGAGCCAAGUUCACCACUCAAGGAAAUGCUAGCGAUCCCGUUAGGACAGCAUAUGAGUGGUAUAGGUAUGCCUGGCCCCUUCUCUGUAACUACUCCUCUGCUCGAAGAUAUAUUAACGUGAAACGUCUUUCUAGUGGCUAUAACCGUUCUAUCGUAUCCUAG